AUGGAACUGGCUCAGGCCUUUGCCGUCGAGGCCGGCCUCACCAAUCUGCAACCCUUGGCCCAAGGUCUCGAAUUCAACGUCUAUAGCGCCACCUCUGCCGUCCACGGGCCCGUCGUCCUCCGCCUGCCCAAGUUCAAAGUGUUUCAAAACGCCAACGACCCCAACACCGACGCCCGGGACCUCGUCCGCCAGGAAGCCGCCAUCCUCGACCUCCUCCGGCCUACCGCCGUCCCCGUGCCGCAGGCCUACGGCUACCACGAGAUUGAUGGCUACCCCGCCAUGGUGUGCGAGUACGUGCCCGCCGACGAUGACGACGCCGCGGCCGCCGACGACGCCGCGGCCGCCGACGACGCCGCGCUGGGCUGCGUGGGCGCCCUCAUCCACGCGACCCCGGUACCGGCCGACUGGGCCGUCAAGCUCGUGGCCAUGGAGGGCUGCAGCCCGACACAGCUAGACGCUCUCUUCGUGAAGCGCAUGCGGCGUCGCUUUGCGGUACUCGGCCGGUUAGAGCCGCAGACCGAGGACUGGGCGCCUGAGGAGGAGACGCUGCGCGCGGUGGCGGAGCCGCUGUUUCGACGGCUCCCGCCGGCGCUGCUGCACAUGGACCUUCGGCACGUCAAUGUGCGGAUGCGCGCGGGCCGCGUGUCCGCCGUCUUUGACUGGACGAAUGCGCUGCUGGCGCCGCCCGUGGUCGACGUGUACCGGAGCCUGGAGUGGGGAGCGCAGCGCGAGGCCUUUGUCGCGGGGUACGCCGGCGUGCGUCCCCUCGAGGCGGUGUCGGCGCGGGAGGAGGCCUUUCUGCGGCUGGAUGCCGCGCUGGUGCUUGCGCUGGUGUUUGUGUCGGAGGCGCCGGACCCGGAGAGGAGAGAGGCGGCUCUACGUCGCGUGCAAGAGCUGUGCGAAGCAUUGACAAGGUAG